AUGGCAGCUGCUGCGAAGCCAACCAAAAAUCAACUUAGGCGGGCAAAGAAAAAGGCUCAAAAGCACCAAGUACGUUUCUUCCCUUCUUCACCUCUGCCAGAAACUCAUAUCGCGCAGCCACCGCCUGAUCAACCCUCCGACCUCACAAUCAAGGCCGAAUCAGUAGAGCCCACAUCGACUCCGACGCCGUUGCCGACAGUCCGGGAUGAAAAGGUCAAAUCAGAAGAAGACGGUCGCGAUGGAGACCCUCUCACAGAUCCUCUUAUCGUGGACGAAGGAAAUCCACUUUAUGACCUCUACAGGGAUAUGUUGGAAAGAUUCGGGGAUAAAGAGGAUUCCGCCCUAAAAGAACCCGAUAAGCCUGAAGUGUACUUUGACGAUGACGAUGAUAUUCCCGACGAAGAAGAGGAGGAGGAGGGUGCGGCGCCCAAGAUGUCCAAGAAGAAGCGAAAGGAGAUGUCCAAGCUUUCGGUAGCAGAACUAAAAGCUCUCGUCAAGAGACCUGAGAUGGUGGAAUGGACCGACACCUCAGCACCUGACCCUAAGUUGGUGGUCCAUUUAAAAUCAUACCACAACGCCGUUCCCGUACCUACCCACUGGUCACUGAAGAGAGAGUAUCUAUCCUCCAAGCGGGGGAUCGAGAAGUCUCCCUUUGCGCUUCCCAAAUUCAUCCAAGAGACUGGUAUUGCGGAGAUGCGGGAUGCGGCUUUGGAAAAACAGGACCAAGCUACCCUCAAGCAGAAACAGCGCGAACGUGUGCAGGGAAAGCUGGGCAAGCUCGACAUCGACUAUCAGAAACUUUACGAGGCCUUCUUUCGCUUCCAGACGAAACCGCAGUUGACCAGAUACGGCGAGGUGUAUUAUGAGGGCAAGGAGUUCGAAACCAACUUGCGACAUUUACGACCGGGCGAAUUGUCGGACGAGCUAAAGGAAGCGCUCAACAUGCCGCCUGGGGCUCCUCCGCCAUGGCUCAUUAACAUGCAGAGAUACGGCCCUCCACCGUCCUAUCCGGCAUUAAAAGUCCCUGGCGUCAACGCGCCUCCGCCACCCGGUGCCAGCUGGGGUUUCGCUCCUGGGCAAUGGGGUAAGCCGCCUGUCGAUGAGGCAACAAACAGACCUUUAUAUGGUGGCGACAUCUUCGGUGUGCUUCAACCCCAACAAAACACGCAACAGGGCGAGCCUGUGGAGAAAGAUCUAUGGGGCGAACUACAACAACAAGACGAGUCGGAAGAAGAAGAAGAGGAAGAUGAAGAAGAGGAUGAAGAAGAGGAUGACGAGGAAGGUGGCACUGGUAUUGAGACGUCAGCUGGUUUGGAGACUCCCAGCGGCAUGAGCUCUGCUGUACCGACCGAGAUCGGAGGCACCGAAACAGUCUCAGAGUUUGAUCUUCGGAAACGCCGCGGCACUGAGACAGAAGAUUCGUCUCAUCCGCGGUCCGCGUACCACGUCAUCCCUGAACGGCAGACACGUGUGGAAGGAUUCUUUGGCGGAGAUCGCGUCUACGACCUGAAAGCCGGUCAACAAAACAAUCUUCCUGUCCUGGGCCAGGACGACACCCGGAAACGGAAGAAGCCAGGUGAUGUGGAGGUCUCGAUUGAUCCAGAUGCCUUGGCCGCUCGGGACGGAAUGGACAAGGAAGAUGUGCGCCGUGCGUAUGACCAGCAACGUAAGGCCGAGCAAAAUCCCCAGUGGGACUUCCAGGAAGACCUGUCGGAAAUGAUUGCCUCGGAAUCGAGGAAGAGGCAGAAACGCGACGAAGAGAGGAGGAGUAAGCGGUAA